UUUACUGAACGGGCUUAUCGUUCGAGCCAAGUGUUGAGCAUCAGCCCGUGGCUGAGUCAUCAGCUUUAAAAUUUGUGGUACAUCAACGGCGGAAUAAACCAGCAACAUGUUUGGCGGUCUCGGUAAAAAAGAGCCGGAGCCAGAGCCGGAGGAUGAGGCGACUCAGCUCCGGAACAUGAAGCCGGAUGACAUGUCCGGAGAACAACUCCAACAACGCAUAGCGAAUGGAGCUCAAGACUCUCUCGAGUCGACACGGCGCAUGCUCGCACUAUGCGACGAGAGCAAAGAAGCCGGCAUUCGAACACUUGUGGCUCUCGACGAACAAGGAGAGCAACUCGACCGGAUCGAAGAAGAUAUGGACAAGAUCAACGCCGACAUGAAGGAAGCCGAGAAAAAUUUGACUGGAAUGGAAAAAUGCUGUGGUAUCUGUGUUUGCCCCUGUCAAAAGGGUAAAGAGUUCAAGGAGGAUGCCAGCACUUGGAAUAAAAACGAGGACGGCAAGGUAGUGAACGGCCAGCCAGCCCGCGUCAUGGACGACCGCAAUGGAACGGGACCUACUUCAGGAUACAUCGCCAAAAUAACCAACGACGAUAGAGAGAAAGAGAUGGAGGAUAACAUGGGACAAGUGUCGACUAUGAUCGGCAAUCUUCGCAAUAUGGCUAUCGACAUGGGAAGCGAGAUUGAGUCGCAGAACCACCAGAUUGAUAGAAUAAAUCAAAAGGCGGACUCGGUCAAUAUGAGGGUCAAGGUGGCGCAGGAGAAGACCUCGAAGCUGCUGAGUUCUUAAAGACUCAUCUGAUAUCUACAAGGCCCAAGACCCCUCCGAGACCUUACCCAAGAGAACUUCUUUUCGCAAAUUGCCCCGAAACAGACUUGAUUCGACCGCCCUCCGCGCAACGCUAUAUUCAGUUUGAGCUUUUUGGAAUGGCAUGGCGCAACACUGAAAAUCUCACCAACUCAGGACUUGGAAUUCCACGACACCGUCGGAAGACAGAAGGAUUCGAAAGCGAAUCGCUGCCUUGGCGUUCUAUCAUUGCUCUCCGCAGAGAAAUUGAAUGAUCGGCUCAAGUCAGAUAUUUCAUCAGCGCUCUCAGGGGAAAACCCUCGUUUCUAAAUUACGCCCCGAUUCGAGAUGACCCAGGAGCAUGUCUUCGGAAUUUAGGGCUAAUCUUUCAUGGAGAAAUUUUCGAGCUCCUCGCUCGCAGACCUCGCUGCAAAUAAACUCCCCAUUCCUUAAUCCAUUCGCACGCAGUGUACCGGAAAUCGACGAAAAAAUGAGAAUACCGUGCUCAUAUUUCGAGUUCCCAUCGGUGAUCUUCGAUCCAUGAGACGCGGCAUGAUCAGAAUUCCUGGCUAUUCGCGUACCCGCCGCCGUUAUACUCUACCCGAGAAUUCGCCAUUCGGGUGUAAUUGUUGAGCUGUUUUUUUUCGGCUUCUUCCGCAAGCCUCAGGAAAGCAAUGGGCACGUUCAGAGAGGAAAUUAUGCAGUUUUCUUAAAAUAUGCAUGUUAUCAGGCACCCGAUUCGCAGCGUGUGCAGCAGCCGCAGCAGUUUUGAACAAUUUCGAAUAGCCGGUCGGACUAAGACGGAUUUUGUUUCCAUGUCGAAAAUAUUGCAGAGCACUUGGACAUA